CGCCUCAUGAAGCCUGAAGUAUCGCGAAUGAAGUACUGAAAAAUGAGUCCCGCUUGCGUGCUCCGGAAGCAGGCGUCUGUCGGCGCGGUGCAGUGCUCGCACCCGCGCGGAGUGAGCAGCAGCCCGGACCCAAACGGCAGUCAGCCCGCACUUUGGAGACCGUGGCUAUCCAGCAGCAGGGAUGGUUCAGAGCGAAUCCCACAUAGCAAACUGUCCUGUCCUUACUCCAGGUCUACAUGUCCAUGCUGUUUGGUGGCAGCUGGGAAACCUCAAUCCUUCCAGCACCCUGUCAGGCUGUUCUGGCCCAAAUCCAAGUCAUUUGACUAUCUGUACAGUGACGGAGUGGCCUUACUGAGGAACUUCCCCAUUCAGGCAACCAUUAGCUUUUAUGAGGAGUCUGACUGUGAAGAUGACGAUGAAUAUGAGGAGGACUGGGAGGAAGAUGGUAACUCUGAGGUGUGCCUCAAGCAGCUGUCACAUUCCACCCACUACAACUAAACGACUGAGAGCCUAUCUGUCUUCCUGCGAAAUGGCUGGAUAGACUGCACACUGCUUUUAACAGUUGGUUUUAAGUGCAUUUUAAAGGGUUCAUCCACCUGAUAGGUAGUAACAGCUAAACAAAUGUAAGAAGUCACUGAGAGGGCACAGACGAGAUGAAUCCGCUUUUUUGUGUUAGAAAUUAGCAGUGUUUCAAAGACUAUAUGCCUCCGUAGCUCUGUAACAAGUGUGACGAAUGAGAGGCCUUCGGUUGAUGCUCCUCACUUUGAAGUUUACAAAAUGUAGCAACAGGAGCAUUCGUUUAGGACAGUAGAAACUAACACAAUCUCUCUCUCUCUCUCUCUCUCACUUUAUCGUGUGUACUGCACACAAUAGGUAGUAUGCAGUAUCUGCGACACAAUAUUGUUGUUUUUGGUGUGUAUGAUGAGAGAGGAAAGCAAAGCAGCGUGUGCUCCCAUAUUGGGGAUACUUGGGUUUACAGUCAAUCUCAGGGUCUGAUCCUUGCCAGUGGGUAUAGAACAUAAUCCACACUCAUUUCUCAUUUAUAAUGCAUAUUGUACAUAACUUGUACAUAGACACAUAUUUAUGUUGAUUUUUUUCUUUUAUAUAUUUGUGCAUCAUUCUCAUUGUGUACGGUCUAAUGUCCUAACUGGGCUUGUAAAAAAUAAAAGAACCUAUUUUGGAACCUA